GCCUUCCCAACCACCCCGAUGGGCUUCCAUUUAAAAACCUCGAGGUUAGGGAGGGCUAAGAGUUAUUGUGUGGAUGAGCGUGCAGAUACUAUUCAUUGGGUCCCACUCCAUUUCUACAUUUUUCUUUUUUUUACUCUCCAUCACCACCGUUCAUUAUCAAUCAAGGCGUACGUGUACAAGUUCGAUGCUUUGUGCGUAUACAAAAUCGAACAGCCAACGAAGGGAGCGAGCGCGCAAGCGAACGAACCCCAUUAAUUAAUGAAUCAAGGAAUCCUCUCUAUAUAUAUAUGGGCUUAUGGCUUGGGCUGGUUUUGUAUGGUAAUAGAAACCUUGGUUUAGAACUGUUUAAUUUCUUUGCUGUUUGUUUUCCGAGAAAAUGAUGAAGGCAGUUCUGUUAUUGUUGUCGGUGGUGGGGUGUGGUAUGGUGGGUAUAACGAUGGGUGCUGGGAUAGAAGAGAAAUGCGGAUCUGAUUUUCAGAAAGUCGCCGUAUGUUUGAACUACGCGACGGGAAAAGCAGCGACGCCGACGAAGGAUUGCUGUGACUCGGUGAAGGGUAUAAAAGACAAAGACCCGGAGUGCUUGUGCUAUAUUAUGGAGCAAACCCACAAAGGGAACGAGCAGAUUAAGAACAUGGGAAUUCAGGAGGCUAAGUUGCUUCAGCUUCCUUCUGCUUGUAGCUUGACUAACGCCAGUCUCUCUGACUGUCCCAAGCUUCUUGGUUUAUCUCCAAGCUCACCAGACGCAGCUAUAUUCACAAAUGCUUCAACACCAACUCCGGCAGCUUCUUCAACUACAACGACACCAGCAAGUACGUCGUCGUCAGAAAAAGCUGACAGCUCCAGCGUUGGAACUAAUCUUGGACCCCAUGUGGUCGUUUUGCUAGCAAUGGCUAUGGGUAUCGUUUUUAUUUCAUUUCCUUCUUCUGGGUCUGCCUUGUUUGCUAGUAAUUAAAAGGUUUGGAGGUGACUCUAAAAAGAACUAGUACUAGAGCACGCGAAAAGAUUUUUCUUUUUUUUUUUUCUUCUGUUUUUUUGGGUCAUAUGGUUGUUGUUUCUUCCUAGACCGAUCUCCUUUUGAGGACUCUUCGAAAAACAUUUUAAUCUGUAUCUUUUAAAUUCGUGUUUUGCUUUUGUUGACUUUUCCAUCACUUUGUCACACCAUCUUUGCCAUGUAUGCUUGGUAUUGUUAAAAAGGUUUUCUUGUUCUGAA